CGUUGUGGGUAUGAGCACACUUCCUUGGCGAUCGCAGCAAUUACGCUGAGGUUACGUUCUAGUUUUAAGAAUGAAGCCAUCUGACAUCUUCGGUCUGCUGCACGUGAAUCUGUGUUGGGCGCUCGCAGUUUGUGUUUCAUUUUCACGCGGGGAGGAGGCCGUCGCGAAUCCACUGCUGGGUUCCUUGGCAUGCAGUCAAGAGGAAACGCAUACAUGCAGGCAAGGAAAUGCUACCUUGGAUCUGAGUAUCAGAGGAUGCUUGUGUGACUAUCUCUGUGGCGAGUAUGGAGACUGCUGCUACGACGCGAGAAAUGACGCCGAUCUCGGAACCACAUCUGAGGGCGGGAGGAACCGCUGUGUCCCCAUUAGCAGCGACACGGGACAAUACAUGCGAGCAUCCUGCCCCUCCGGCUGGGUCGACGAGGAGGUCGCGGCGCUGUGUCGGGCAGCUUCACCGGAACAAAUGUCCUUCCAAGAAGACCCUCUGCUUCACGUGCCGGUCACCAGCGGAACGACCAACGUGACGUACGCGAACUACCAAUGCGCAAUGUGCCAUGGCGAUACUCAGGACGUCGCCUUUUGGAGGGUCAGUUUGCAGUGCCCCUUACUGGCAAGAGACAGCGACGUUGACGAAGAUAAUCUAGUGUUUCGAGAGGGUCAGUGGGGAGUGAUCGUGAAUGACAGUGAGCAAGCAGUGGUGCACAAAUGUGAUCUGACAAUAGCCUACGGAAUUUUUUGGAAUUCUGGGAGAAAGUGCAGACUUGUUGUGGACAAGUGCAUGCAAGACUGGGACGAUGAGACGAUAGAAAAACUUUGCCAUUCAUACACAUCUCACGUAAGGAUAAAUGAGAAAUUUUACAAGAAUAACUUUUGCGCUAUUUGCAACAAUGUGUCCAGUACCAAUGAAGAAUGUGACUUAUCCUAUCGCACUUAUGCUGCGGAAGAGGAUGACGUAAUCAUUGGUGUAAGGUUCGGUUUUCUGCCUCCGCCUCGACCUUUUACAGUGCUGAUAGACUUCACGUGCGGAAACGGUAACAACGAGGUAGGAGAAAGCUGUGUCUUUAAUCCGUUCUCCAAGAAGUACUUAAAUCUAAGUGAAGCUUCCGUCAAAGAGAACCUGAUUCAUCCAGUCACAGCAGACAAUGCCACUGCCCCUUCUCGUAGCGACAGAACCUGUAGAAACGAGACGUUUCUCAAGGACGAGUAUACUAUGGUCAACGGAACUGUGGUCGUAAACCUGUCUAAUCGUACUUACUAUCAAGGGGAGUACGAGGUUGUGGACGAAGGGGUUUCGGUGUGCUCCGUGGAGUCCGACAAGUACUCGCCUGCCAUGGGGUGGGUGACGCUGGCUGGGCUGAGCGCGUCCUCCCUGUGCCUCGUGCUGCACUUGGUCGCCUUCGCUCUCGUGCCUCACCUCAGGAACCUUCACGGCAAGAACGUGGCAUCUCUUUCCGCGUCGCUCCUCGGGGCCUACGUCACGUUCAUCCUCAGCGUUUUCGCCGAGACGUCGACCACGGAAUGCUACGUGUUCGCGGUUCUCAUCUAUUACUUGUUUCUCACGUCGUUCUCGUGGAUGAACGUGUUGGGCUUCGACGUGUUUUACACGUUCAUGCGAACCAGGCUGAGGUCCGGAGACCAGUGGAAGAGGUUCUUGGUGUAUUGUGCCUACGGCUGGCUGCUGCCCGCCUUCGCCGUGGCUGCGGUGGUAGCGCUCGACCAGACGAGGCCCUCCGCCUUCCCCCCGGAAUUCCUUCCGAGUCUUGGCCAGCAGCUGUGUUGGUUCGGGCGACGUAAGGCCUUGCUGGCGUUCUUCGGCGCCCCCCUGUUCGCCUGCAUCGCCAUCAACGUGGCUUUGUUCGUCGCCACGACAGCCACCAUCGCCAAGACGAGGCAGUCGGAGGUGCGGAGGACCUCCACGAGCGACCCGAAGAAGGAGUUCCUCCUGUACCUUCGCCUGGCCGUCCUGAUGGGGAUCACGUGGAUCACUUCAGUGUUGGCUUCGGUCCUGCAGCAGGAAGUACUGUGGUACGUCUUCAUCGUCUUGAACACUCUGCAGGGCCUCUUCAUCUUCCUGGCCUUCACCUGCAGGACCAAGGUGUGGGAGGCCAUCGUGCAGCCUUGCCAAGCGGUCCCCUCCGUCAGCUGCUGCACAAGGCAACAGUCAGAACGUCAGUCGAGUGAUCAGAGCGAAAUGUCCUCCAGCUCGACCACGACUAAGAUGACUCCCGCCGAUUCAGAUUUGUCCAUUCAUUCCUCAAACACAGUGUCAACGCUCAAGUUUUCGACGAUCAGUGCAGUUUGAAAUAGAAAUAUUUUUAUGUAAAUAGUUUUUGUUCACAUGUAUAUAGUUAGAUUAUGAUGCUCAAGUU